CGGGCGCGGCUUGGGCAGCGGCGGCGGCGGCGGCGACCUGAGGCGACAGCGGCCGGCAGGGGCGACGCCGCGGCCCGCGGACCCGGCAGCCGGAGCGCCGCGCUGGCGGCGGCCGCCGCGAUGAUGGAGAUCCAGAUGGACGAGGGUGGCGGCGUGGUGGUGUACCAGGACGACUACUGCUCGGGCUCGGUGAUGUCGGAGCGCGUGUCGGGCCUGGCGGGCUCCAUCUACCGCGAGUUCGAGCGCCUCAUCCACUGCUACGACGAGGAGGUGGUCAAGGAGCUCAUGCCGCUGGUGGUGAACGUGCUGGAGAACCUGGACUCGGUGCUGAGCGAGAACCAGGAGCACGAGGUGGAGCUGGAGCUGCUGCGCGAGGACAACGAGCAGCUGCUCACGCAGUACGAGCGCGAGAAGGCGCUGCGCAAGCAGGCGGAGGAGAAAUUCAUUGAGUUUGAAGAUGCCUUGGAACAAGAAAAAAAAGAGCUCCAGAUCCAGGUGGAGCACUAUGAGUUUCAGACACGCCAACUGGAACUGAAAGCCAAGAACUACGCCGAUCAGAUCUCUCGGCUGGAGGAACGGGAAUCUGAGAUGAAGAAGGAGUACAACGCCCUGCACCAGCGGCACACGGAGAUGAUUCAGACCUACGUGGAGCACAUCGAGAGAUCCAAGAUGCAGCAGGUUGGGGGGAGCAGCCAGACGGAGAGCAGCCUGCCAGGGCGGAGCAGGAAGGAACGUCCCACCUCUCUGAACGUCUUCCCCCUGGCUGACGGCAUGGUACGUGCACAGAUGGGGGGCAAGCUCGUGUCUGCGGGGGACCACUGGCACCUGAGUGACCUCGGCCAGCUGCAGUCCAUCUCCAGCUACCAGUGUCCCAACGAUGAGAUGUCAGAGUCAGGCCAGUCUUCAGCAGCUGCCACACCCAGCACCACUGGCACCAAGUCCAACACUCCCACGUCCUCCGUUCCCUCUGCCGCCGUCACACCACUCAACGAGAGCCUGCAGCCCCUGGGGGACUACGGCAGCAGCACAAAGAACAGCAAGAGGGCCCGGGAGAAGCGCAACAGCCGCAACAUGGAGGUCCAGGUCACCCAGGAAAUGCGGAACGUCAGCAUAGGUAUGGGCAGCAGUGACGAGUGGUCUGAUGUUCAGGACAUUAUCGACUCCACCCCGGAGCUGGACAUGUGUCCAGAGACCCGCCUAGACCGCACAGGAAACAGCCCCACCCAGGGCAUCGUGAACAAAGCUUUUGGCAUCAACACUGACUCCCUGUACCAUGAGCUGUCGACAGCAGGAUCCGAGGUCAUUGGGGAUGUGGAUGAAGGAGCUGACCUCCUAGGGGAGUUCUCAGUGCGCGAUGACUUUUUUGGAAUGGGCAAAGAAGUGGGGAACCUGCUGUUGGAAAACUCACAGCUUCUGGAAACCAAAAAUGCUUUGAAUGUGGUGAAGAAUGACCUCAUUGCCAAGGUUGACCAACUGUCAGGGGAGCAGGAGGUACUGAAGGGGGAGCUGGAGGCCGCCAAGCAGGCCAAGGCCAAGCUAGAAAGCCGGAUCAAGGAGCUGGAAGAGGAGCUCAAGAGAGUGAAGUCAGAGGCUGUCACUGCCCGCCGUGAACCCAGAGAAGAGGUGGAGGAUGUAAGCAGCUAUCUCUGUACAGAAUUGGACAAAAUCCCCAUGGCCCAGCGCCGCCGCUUCACAAGGGUAGAGAUGGCCCGUGUGCUCAUGGAGCGCAACCAGUACAAGGAGCGGCUGAUGGAGCUGCAGGAGGCUGUGCGGUGGACUGAGAUGAUCAGAGCUUCCCGGGAGCACCCAUCUGUCCAGGAGAAGAAGAAGUCCACCAUCUGGCAGUUCUUCAGCCGCCUCUUCAGCUCCUCCUCCAGCCCGCCCCCGGCCAAGCGCUCCUACCCGCCAGUGAACAUCCACUAUAAGUCUCCCACCACUGCUGGCUUUAGCCAGCGGCGCAGCCGUGCUAUGUGCCCGGUCUCAGCAGGCAGCCGACCCCUGGAGUUCUUUCCUGAUGAUGAGUGCACGUCUUCCGCCCGGCGGGAGCAGAAGCGCGAGCAGUACCGCCAGGUGCGCGAGCAUGUGCGCAAUGAUGACGGGAGGCUGCAGGCCUGUGGUUGGAGCCUGCCCGCCAAAUACAAACAGCUAAGCCCCAGUGGGGGCCAGGAGGACACCAGAAUGAAGAACGUUCCUGUCCCAGUGUACUGCCGCCCUCUGGUGGAGAAGGACCCCACCAUGAAGCUGUGGUGUGCCGCUGGUGUCAACCUGAGUGGGUGGAAGCCAAAUGAGGAUGACUCUGGAAAUGGAGUCAAACCAGUGCCAGGCCGUGACCCUCUGACCUGCGACCGGGAAGUGGAAGGCGAGCCCAAGAGCAACCACACAUCUCCUGAGAGGAAGAAGGCAAAGGAGGCCCCUGAGACGGACGCCACGUCCAGCCGGGUGUGGAUCCUCACCAGCACCCUGACCACCAGCAAGGUGGUGAUCGUUGACGCCAACCAGCCGGGCACCGUCGUGGACCAGUUCACGGUCUGCAACGCCCAUGUCCUGUGUAUCUCCAGCAUCCCUGCGGCCAGUGACAGUGACUACCCACCUGGGGAGAUGUUCCUGGACAGUGACGUGAACCCUGAGGACUCAGGCACUGAUGGCGUGCUGGCUGGCAUCACCCUGGUGGGCUGUGCCACCCGCUGCAAUGUGCCACGCAGCAACUGCUCCUCCCGAGGGGACACCCCAGUGUUGGACAAGGGGCAGGGGGAGGUGGCUGCCACUGCCAGCGGGAAGGUCAACCCAUCCCAGUCCACAGAGGAGGCCACAGAAGCUACAGAAGUUCCAGACCCUGGGCCCAGCGAGCCAGAGGUGGCUGCAGUACGGCCUGGGCCCCUCACGGAGCAUGUCUUCACUGACCCGGCCCCCGCCCAACCCUCCAGCACCCAGCCUGGCAGUGAGGAUGGGCCAGAGCCAGAUGGCAGCAGUGUACAGCCCCAGCCAGAGCCCAAUGGGGACCCCUUGGUGGUGAGCAGCAGUGCCGCACCUACUAUGUGGCUGGGAGCCCAGAAUGGCUGGCUCUAUGUGCACUCAGCGGUGGCCCACUGGAAGAAGUGCCUGCACUCCAUCAAGCUGAAGGACUCUGUGCUAAGCCUGGUGCAUGUCAAGGGCCGCGUGCUGGUGGCUCUGGCAGACGGGACUCUGGCCAUCUUCCACCGUGGUGAAGAUGGCCAGUGGGACCUGAGCAACUACCACCUGAUGGACCUGGGCCACCCACACCACUCCAUCCGUUGCAUGGCCGUCGUGUAUGACCGUGUCUGGUGCGGCUACAAGAAUAAGGUGCACGUGAUCCAGCCCAAGACGAUGCAGAUUGAGAAGUCAUUUGAUGCCCACCCACGGAGGGAGAGCCAGGUGCGACAGCUGGCAUGGAUAGGCGAUGGCGUGUGGGUAUCCAUCCGCUUGGACUCUACCCUGCGGCUUUACCAUGCCCACACGCACCAGCACUUGCAGGAUGUGGACAUCGAGCCCUAUGUCAGCAAGAUGUUGGGAACUGGCAAACUCGGCUUCUCCUUUGUGCGCAUCACGGCCCUACUCAUUGCGGGCAAUCGCCUCUGGGUGGGCACUGGCAAUGGAGUUGUCAUCUCCAUCCCCCUGACAGAGACUGUGGUCCUGCACCGAGGCCAGCUCCUGGGACUCCGAGCCAACAAGACAUCCCCCACAUCUGGGGAGGGUGCCCGUCCAGGGGGCGUCAUCCACGUGUACGGGGACGACAGCAGUGACAAGUCUGCCAGUAGCUUCAUCCCCUACUGCUCCAUGGCGCAGGCCCAGCUCUGCUUCCACGGGCACCGUGAUGCUGUCAAGUUCUUUGUCUCUGUGCCAGGCAACGUGCUGGCCACCCUCAAUGGCAGCGUGCUGGACAGCCCUUCGGAGGGUCCCGGACCUGCCAUGCCUGCCGCUGAUGCAGAAGGCCAGAAGCUGAAGACCGCGCUGGUGCUGAGUGGCGGCGAGGGCUACAUCGACUUCCGAAUCGGUGAGUGGGCACCGGCGGGGCAGGCCGUGGUAUGCCAGGCAGGACCCCUCACUGCUGCCCACUCUCCAGGAGAUGGAGAGGACGACGAGGCGGAGGAAGGAGCCGGAGAGGUGAGCCAGGUGAAGCCUGUGCUGUCCAAGGCGGAGCGCAGCCACAUCAUCGUGUGGCAGGUGUCCUACGCCCCUGAGUGAGGCCAUUGCCCCCCUUUCCACUGCCUGAUGCCAAUAUGUACAUAGGACCCCGCCGGCCUGCCCCUGCCUGCCCCGGGCACCCAUAGUCCCUUUCUAACCUCUCAACCUGCAGCUUUCACCUGAGGCCCAGGCCCCCGAGUGGCAGGGAGUGGCCCCCGAGAUGUGGGUGGAGUGGGCCAUGGGAGGGAGGCGGGAGAGGGAGGUGGAGAGGUGCCUGCAGCUCCUGGUCAGUACCCCUACCCAGCAUACUCAAGUCCCAGGGGUACCUUAGGGCUGGGGCAAGGCAGGACCAAGGUGGUUGUGGGCAGCCCCUGCAGCUGGCCUUGGCUCCACUGUUACCUCCUCAUUCCUGGCACCCCCAGAUCAGGAGCAGGGGCUUCACUCUGCCCUGUCUUCCCACCCAGUCUACUUGCUUUUGCAUGCUGCCCUGGGAGAGCCAGGCCUGGUGCCCAUCCUAUGCCCAGGGGUUUGGCGCUCAGACUGCCCAGGUGCCUGGGCCCUAGGUAAGCCCUAUCUAGGGUUUACACCUUCCCUGACUAAUGUCCCCUCGGUCCCCGCCCCAGCCUCCCCAGAGAUCUGGCAUGGAAGCUUGGGGCUAGGGUCCCUGAGGCAGCACCUUCAAAAGACAGACCAGGUACCCCUCACCCCCUGAAGCCCAAGGUCGUCCAGCCCCUCACUGACUGGUGUGCCCCAGGCUUCCCCUGGGCAUAAGACUCACCUUUAAGGAGCAGGACUUUAUAGUCCUGCUCCUCCCAGAAUCCCUUAGGGUGGAAUUUCUCAGGCUGCUAGGGCAGGCCCCGGCCUCAGGAAGAAGUGGAGGCUCCUGCCCUCUGCUAGGGUUAGUCCUAGGAUGCAGGCUCAGCCUCAGGUUGAUGGGGGAUGGUGCGCUCCUGGGGCCUGCUUCCUGCACAGGGCUCCAAGGAGCCGAGCUCCCAGACACGUACCAAGUGCCUAGCGUUGCCGCUGUGGCCUGCUCCCUCAGAGAGAACUGACAGGAGGCUGCCAAGCAGAGGCCGGAGGGGCUAUGCCACUGCAGCAGGGCUCUAGGGUUGUGGCAAGGGGGCAGGUGCUGCCCUUGCAGGUCUGCUCCUCCACCUUCCUGGGCCAGGCCUUACUCCUCCCACCAGAGGUACUGACCAGGGCAGUCUGGCCCCCGCUGCCCACUUCCUCCCACCAGAGAAGCACAGAUCUUGGGGAGCUGUCCCAUGAGCCCAGCUGGCCAACACAAGCUGCAGCCACAGGGAGCUGCAGGCUUCUCCCCACCACCCUGCCACCUCUCCACUGUGAUGUAUGUCCCAUGUCUGUCCCCACUGGAGUGUGAAAUGACUGGAGUGAGCUGGGUGGGUGCAAGUAGAGGAAAGGCCGGGUGUGCUUCUCCUCAGGCUUUGGCCCUGCAAGUGAACCCACGUAUCUGCUCUGUAUGUAAUAAACGUCUUAACACGU